AUGUCUUUGAAAGAGACCUACGACGAGGCAGAGGCACAGCGUCGUCUUUUUGAAGAUACUGUGGAUGCAGCUGCCCUUGAAAAGGCCAUCCGUGGCUAUGAAGCUUCUAGCAAAUUGAUUGAACAGCUGAUGCUCUUCAGUGAUAAUGAGCUCUUUGAAGACAUCACAGAUACAGAGAUUCGAUAUCUACUUACAGAGUAUCGCUUGGCACAGCUCGUGCAGGAACGCAGGGAUUUCUCCCGCCGGAAAGAGGCUUUGCAGCGUGCACGCGUUCUGUACAUCUCGUUUCUCCAGCGCUGUCUGGACUACGAGAUCGUGCCAGCAUCAUCUCGUACAUCUGUACAAGCUGUUGUGAAACAACAGAGACGGCCUCUGGAUGCCGCAGCACGCAGGCAAGACAAGAUUGAACAGUUCCGCAGGGAGCAAGACCUCGAGAAGGCACUUGCGUUGCUCGAGGGGCGUGACGACCCGGAACAUCUGCGCGAGCUCUACUCCACUGCUAUUGAGCUUGCCAUCACAAGAUCGGUGUCUGGUCUCGACUCUAUUGAAAGCGAAUUAAACGUACUAGCCAUGGCACCAGACCCUUUAACGGCAGACCGGCCUCGAGAUGACCCCAAUGCACGGACCAGCGCAAGCAAGGAUGUAACACAGUGGCGCCUAGAUGCUCCGAGGGAAACAGGAUUGCUGGACAAGUCUGGCAGACCACUGCGCUCGUUUGUCAUCACAGGGCAACACGAUCGUGACACACUCAAACGAGGCGUCUUUGGUGCAGAUCAUAGUCUGCCUACUAUGACUAUUGACGAGUAUCUAGAGCAGGAGAAAUUGACGGGCGGCAUCAUGGCUCCGGCAAACAAGGCGCCUGAGGGGAAAAAGCCAGUGCAAGACAAUGAAGCUUCUGAGGAGGAAGAGCGACUUGAGAAGAUUCGCUGGGACAAAUUCACGGAAGAAAAUCCAAAGGGGAUUGGCAAUACAAUGAAUCGGGGCUGA